UACGUGAUGUUUCAUUUCAUCCCUUCCUUUGCCAAAAAUCAAAUUAAAUGCUUCUCACUAACACUAACGAGCCAUCACUUACCCCUACAACUGAACCUUGAAAGCAACACGCACACUAUAAAACCUCAACCUCACAACAUUUUUCGCUCUCUCUGGCGGCUCUGGAUUUUCGCUCUACGACCCUUUCCUCCAAAGCUCAAACCCUAGCUCACUCCUUUCUUUUUCCACUCCCUCGUUAUAUAUCUUACUUUAUUAUUUUGUUUAGAAUACCCAUUUCAUAUAGGUCUCACACACAUAUUUAUUUAUUUUUUAAUAUUUUUUUUUGGGGGGAGUGGGGGAAAUAAGAGAGAAACGUUUUUCUGCCUGGAUUGAGCUUGCCGGUGAGGACGGCAAUGGAGGAUUCCGUUGCGCAAAAGCAAAACAGCCGAGAGUUUGCUUUGGCAUCAGUUGCUGAGCUCUCUUCGCCCGCUUCGCCAGGUAUUGCUCGCUUCACUUCUGACGGUCAGCUGCUAAUUCAUCAAGAUUCUCACCAGAUUGAUAUCGAUGUUGAUCUUCGAACUGCUCAGCUAUUCAAAUUAGGUCCUGCUCAAUCAGUUUGCAUGGUCGAAGGUUCUGUUGUCGAUAACCAGACAUCAUUCUCAAGGGAAAUAUCUAUCCAGUUUAGAAAUGAGGAGGAAAGUGGGGCCUUUGAUGGCGUAUUCCAGCAAUGGAAGAAGGAAGCCAAUGCUCAAGGCAGAAACUUACCAAAUGGAAUCAUACCAAGUUCUAAAAGUAAAUUUGAUGAGAAGAUAGAGUCAUCUUCUGCAAAAAUGUAUUUCCAUUACUAUGGGCAGCUUCUGCAUCAGCAAAAUAUGUUGCAGGACUACGUUAGGACAGGAACCUAUUAUGCUGCAGUUAUUGAGAACCGUGCUGAUUUCAUGGGCCGUGUAGUAGUUGAUGUUGGUGCUGGUAGUGGUAUUUUGUCCUUGUUUGCUGCUCAGGCUGGUGCAAAACAUGUUUAUGCUGUGGAGGCAUCUGAAAUGGCAGAAUAUGCACGGAAACUUAUAGCUGGAAACCCAAUGCUUGGUCAACGAAUUACUGUGAUCAAGGGCAAGGUUGAAGAUGUAGAAUUGCCAGAGAAAGCAGAUAUUUUGAUCUCUGAGCCCAUGGGAACCUUGUUAGUAAAUGAAAGGAUGUUGGAGUCUUAUGUCAUUGCCAGAGAUAGGUUUCUCACUCCUGAGGGGAAAAUGUUUCCCACGGUGGGAAGGAUUCAUAUGGCACCUUUCACUGAUGAAUAUCUGUUUAUCGAAAUUGCUAAUAAGGCCUUGUUUUGGCAGCAACAAAACUAUUAUGGUGUUGAUUUGACACCCUUGUAUGGCACUGCAUUUCAAGGAUACUUUUCUCAGCCUGUAGUGGAUGCUUUUGAUCCAAGAUUGUUAAUAGCUCCUCCUAUGUUCCAUGUGACUGACUUCACAAAAAUAAAGGAAGAAGAGCUUUAUGAAAUAGAUAUACCUUUAAAAUUCAUUGCCUCUGUGGGUGCACGAGUACAUGGGUUGGCUUGCUGGUUUGAUGUGCUGUUUAAUGGAAGUACCGUGCAAAGGUGGCUCACGACUGCCCCAGGGUCACCAACAACCCACUGGUACCAAUUGCGCUGUGUUCUCUCUCAGCCAAUUUAUGUCAUGGCGGGACAAGAAAUUACUGGCAGGCUGCAUAUGAUUGCUCACAAUGCCCAGAGUUAUACAAUAUAUUUAACAUUGUCAGCUAAAAUGUGGGGCCCUGGUGCUGAACAAGGAGGGAUUCUUCAAACCUCAUCAUGCAAACUUGAUUUGAAAGAACCCUACUAUAGAAUGUCCCAACCGCAAGCUUAUACAUUAGCCCAAGACCAGCAACAACCACCACUUCUACACACACAGCUGACUGCAACUACUUCACGGGGCAACUGAUCAGCAACCACAUUAUGGCAGCGGCCGCAAAGGGUUGGGUGGUCGGAGAAAGAGCCAACAAGCAGUGAGUAAUUCCAGCACCUUUCACACUUGGAACCUUCAGCACGAGAUACACCAACCCACACUUUAGUGUUCCCUUGAAUGAGGCACUCACCGUUAUGAGGGAUAUUUGCAAUCAGUUCACCUUUCAACGAUGGAAGAAUCUCAGCCUGCAAAAUGUCAAACAUGUAAGAAAUAUAAGUAUUAUUCACAGCAAUAAAAAAAAAAAAAAACUUGUUGCAGUACGAAAUAUCAAGUUAACAAACGGUUUUCAAGCUUCUAA